CGUAGAUAAUAUCACAUGCCAUAUCCGCAAAUCAUAUAACAAAUGCAGACAUUUUACAUUGUGAUAAAGGCAUAAAUACGUAUAUCUUUAAUGAUAGUUUACAUUAGAUGGAUACCCUCUUGCAGUGAUAAAAUAAAAACAGUUUUCUCUUCUUUCUUUCCUUCUUUACACCAAGAUGGAGUGGUUCAGAAGAAAGAAGAAGAAAGAAGCGAAACUCUUGAAGUCUAGAAAUAAACAAAACACAGGAGAAGACAAAAGGCCAGAGACAGGACAAUGUACAAGAUUGGAAGGAUCAAAUUCGGAUACAGUGUGUCAUGACAUUGAUUCAAAGUCAAACAGUCGAAAUCGGACGUCAGACACUUUCCUGGUCGCAGCGAUCGACUUUGGAACCACAUUUUCUGGAUGGGCAUUCUCUUUCAAGCACGAAUUCAUGUCUGAACCUACAAAAGCAUCAGUUAAACAAUGGUUUUCGGGAUCACAUACUACAGAGAAAACUCCAACUGUAGCCUUAAUCCACCAAGACGGAAAGACUCUGAAAGCGUUCGGAUACGAAGCGGAAAAUGAAUACAAGGAUUUAAUGGACGAAGGAGAACAUGAAAACUACUUCUACUUUCAGAGAUUUAAAAUGAUGCUUCACACAAGAUUAGGAGAGACACUCGACCGUACAAUUACACUGGAGGAUGCCAUGGGUCGUUCACUUCCAGCAUUGGACGUGUUUUCACUGUCGAUCAAUUAUUUAGUGUCUGAUGUGAUGAAAGCAAUAGAGGAUAAAGUAACAAGUAGAAUAAAGAGUGAGGAGAUUUUGUGGGUGAUCACAGUACCUGCAAUAUGGACAGACGCGGCCAAACAGUUCAUGAGGGAAGCAGCAGUAAGGGCUGGUAUAAACACGGAGAGACUAAUUAUCGCGCUGGAACCAGAGGCUGCUUCUGUAUACUGUCGACAUCUUCCCGUUGACAAAACGGUUGACGGAAAAGAAGUUUCAAUUUCGACGUUUUCUGAGGGUACUAAGUAUGUUGUUCUUGACGCUGGAGGUGGGACAGUAGACAUAACGGUGCAUGAGGUAGUUAGUGAUGGUGUAAAGGAGAUCAAAGCAGCCAGUGGAGGGGGAUGGGGCGGCACAAUGGUCGAUAAAGCUUUCGGAGGGUUUCUUGUGGAAAUAUUUGGGCCAGAUGUCUUUGAUACAUUUAAGAAAGGCGAAACUGAAGAUUGGCUAGACCUUUGGAGAGAUUUCGAAAUGAAGAAAAAAGGAGUUUCCUACGACAAGACAUCAAAGAUAACUUUGAAAUUUCCUCUUUCUUUAAUCAAUAUGUUUCAAGAGAGGACAGGACGGGUACUGUCUGAAGCCAUUGCGUCAACAAGGUAUGGUCUGGAUAUAGGAUUUGCUAGUGACAAGAUCAAGUUUUCAUCGAGCGUCUUUAAACACUUGUUUGAUGAGCCUAUCAAACAUACGAUUGAUCACUUGAAGACACUCAUGGAUGACAUCGAUGUAAAGGCGAUCCUUAUGGUAGGCGGUUUUUCGGAGUCUCCGAUGUUACAACAUGCUGUAAAGACCACAUUCAAAGAUAUUGAGGUCGUCAUACCGGUUGAAGCAUCAUCUUCCAUACUUCGUGGGGCCUUAAUUUGUGGUCACAGUCCUCACUUUAUAACAGAACGAGUGUUGAAGUUUACAUAUGGCAUUGAGUGCUAUCUCCCUUUCAUCCACGGGACGCAUGAAGAACACAGACUCGUUGUUAUUAAUGGAGAAGAGUAUUGUGAUCAGGGCUUUCAGAAGUUUGUGGAAAAGGGGCAGGUGGUUAGAAAAGGAGAUACAUUUACAGAUACCUUUAUGCCGGUGGAUUGCUCUCAAAAACAUAUGGAGUUCCCAGUUUACGCGUCAGAAUUAAAAUCGCCAUUUUAUGUAGACCAAGGAUGUAAAUACGUAGGAACAAUGGAUGUUUUGCUAGAAACGCACCAUCGUGACGAUCAUGACAGAAAUGUUAACGUAACACUACAGUUUAGUGGUACCGAAAUUCAAAUUGAAGGAGUUGACAAAAAGUCAAAUCAGAAAACACAUAUAUCCUUGAAUUUUUUAGGAUAACAAGACAAUUGGAUACGUACAAAUAAAACUCAGAUUAUAUAAACUUCUUUCCUUGUAUCAUUUUGUGUUUCAAAUGUUUAAUAAUAUUCCUUUAUUCCUUUUCUGUUAAUUCACUAUUUGUAGUAUCACAGUUAUAUGCAGAAAUGUUUUGAGUGAAACUGUGUACGUGAGUAUACUUAAGGAAUUGCUGAGCAUGUAGUUGUAUUGUAUCCAA